AUGACAACAAAAGUUCAAUGGAAACGGCUUGAUGGUACCAUCGGCCAAAAUCCCAAACCACGUCAUGGUCAUCGAGCAGUAGCUGUCAAAGAUUUAAUUAUUAUAUUUGGUGGUGGUAAUGAAGGCAUUGUGGAAGAUCUCAAUGUUUAUAAUUGUACUACAAAUCAAUGGUUUCAACCAUUAAUGAAAGGUGAUGUACCAACAGGUUGCGCUGCUUUUGGUUUCGCAACUGAUGGUCAACGAAUUCUUGUAUUUGGUGGUAUGGUUGAAUAUGGAAAAUAUUCAGCUGAUCUUUGGGAAUUGAAUCCAAUUAAAUGGGAAUGGAAAAAAUUAAAACCACGAGCACCUCGAACAGCUCCUUUACCGUGUGCUCGACUUGGACAUACGUUAACAUAUGCUGAAGGAAAAUUUUACCUAUUUGGUGGUUUAGCUAAUGAUAGUAAAGAUCCAAAACAGAAUGUUCCUCGAUAUUUAAAUGAUCUCUAUGCACUUGAAUAUAAAGGCAAUAAUUGUGCUUGGGAACAACCUAUAGUUCGUAGUACACCACCAACUGAACGUGAAUCCCAUUCAUGUGUUUUUUAUCGUGGUCAAAUCGAAAAUCGUCCAAAAUUAAUUAUCUAUGGUGGAAUGAAUGGUCAUCGUUUAGGAGACCUUUGGAGCUUUCAUCUUGAUUUCUCACAAUGGACACAAAUAACACCAUCUGGUUUAGCUCCACAACCACGUAGUCUUCAUUCAGCUGUUGUUAUGGGAAAUCGAAUGUUUAUAUUUGGUGGUUGGGUUCCAUUAGUUAUAUCGGAUAAAAAUGAUCAAUACGCAAAUGAAAAAGAGUGGAAAUGUACGAAUACAUUAGCAGCUUUUAAUUUAGAAACAAAUGCUUGGGAACUUCUCGGACAAGAAUGUCUUGAUGAUAAUGUACCACGAGCACGUGCUGGUCAUUGUGCUGUUACUGUUAAUACAAGAAUGUAUAUUUGGAGUGGACGUGAUGGCUAUCGAAAAGCUUGGAAUAAUCAAGUUUGUUGUAAAGAUUUAUGGUGUUUAGAAACAGCAUGUCCAGGUGAACCAGAAAAAGUGCAAUUACUUAAAGCAGGUAUCGGCAAUUUGGAAGUGUCAUGGAAUCCUGUUCCGACUGCUGAUUCUUAUAUAUUACAAAUUCAGCGUUUUGAAGCACCAGUGGAGCAACCUCCACCAACACCUCCUGUUCUUCCGGUUACAUCUCAACCACCACCAAUACAUCCUCCACCUCUGCCAUUACAAUCAAUAUCGGCUUCACUUUUUGCUUCGAAAAGUCCGCAAUCAGUUCUUGCAUCAUUAAUUCCAACAUUUUCAAAUGAACAACAAUCAUCAAGUGUAUCAGUGUCAGCUAUUUCGGAUACAGAUGGUGUUGUCGAUCAAUGUCUUUCAUCAACAGCAACAACAACUCUAAAUAAAUCUACAUCAGAUUUACUUUCAUUAGCUCAUUUAUCAUCAUCAUCACAAACACCAUUUUCAUCGUCAAUUAGUACAGUUAAUGCCCAAACUUUACCAAAUGUUUCUAUAUCACCUUCGAACAGUAUAAAUAAUUCGUCAUUAUUUCAAAAAACUAUACCUACAACUAUUUCUUCAUCUAUACAACAUAAUCAACCAACAACAUUAUUUAAUUCAACGCAAACCGUUCGACCAGCAACAACAUCAAAUUUUCAAUUUGUUAAUACUAAUUCUACUAAUGCAUCAAAUACUGUUCGUCCAAUAAUCUUUCAUCAAAAACCAUCAACAAAUUCUUCACAACCACAACUUCUUACUGUUAUGCCUGCCGGUGUACGUGUUCAACAAUUAACACCUGUUGUACGUGGUUCAUCAACUCAACCAACAACAAUUGUUCGUUUAAUGUCACCAGCAACAACAACUGUUCGACCAGGAAUGGGACAACAACAAAUUAUACAAUUAAAUACGAAUAAACAACAACAACCAUUAGUUAUUAAAGCAAUUACCGCACAAACAUCUAAUCGACAACAACAACCAAUAUUAUUAGCAGCAAAUACACAACAAAAAACGAUACCAUCACAUUCUCAACAGCAAGUAUUAGUUUUUAAUCAGAAUACCUUUUCAACUACAAGUGGACACCAACCAAAAUUUACAUUACAAAUGAAAAAUAUUGAUCAAUCAAUUACAACAACAGUUAAUACAACUACAAAUAUUGAUAAUGGUCAACAAGAACCAACACAUGACAGUGGAAUUCCUCAAUUAGAUGGAACUGUUGAUGAUCAUUCACUGCAAAACGGUACAACUGAUGUACGAAAUUCUUCUAGUCCAGCACAGCAACAAUCAGCAACAGACUUCGGACAAAUAAUCAAUGCUGGAUCACAACAACCAUUAAAUAAUCAUGAAAAUUUACAAACAACAAUAAACGGUAAUUCAAAAAGUGAUGUACAACCACAAACAGUUUCAAAUGAUUUAAAAUCGUCAGAAAAUGAUGAUAAUGAUGGUUGGCAUUUAGUUGGAACAUUUAAAACAACAACAGUUGAUAUUAAACAUUAUUAUGUUGUUCCAUCAAAAAUUAAUAUCGAUAAUUAUGAUCUUGAUUCCCUUCAAGUGCAUAAUUUAGUAAAAAAAGUUGAUCUUGAACCAGGUGUUAUCUAUAAAUUGCGUAUAGCAGCUGUAAAUGCAUGUGGUCGAGGUCCAUGGAGUGAAGCAGCAGCAUUUAAAACAUGCUUACCUGGUUCACCACCAGCACCAUCUAAUAUUAAAAUCACAAAGACAUCUGAUGGCGGUGCUCAUCUAACUUGGGAUCCUCCAUCGAAUGCUUCACCGUUAAUUACUGGUUAUGCAGUCUAUUUAGCAGUGAAAAAUUCAGCAACAGAUAAUACAAUACCACGUCAACAACAACAAGCAUCACAAAUGGCUUUUGUUCGUGUCUAUGGUGGUGUAUUAGCUGAAUGUUCAGUAAAUGCUGCACAACUUCAUCAAGCUCAUCUUGAUAUAAGUACAAGUAGUAAACCAGCUAUUAUAUUUCGUAUAGCAGCACGUAAUGAACGUGGAUAUGGACCAGCAACACAAGUUCGAUGGUUACAAGAUCAACAACAAACACCAUCUAAUCAUUCAACGACAAAUAAUUCAUUAAAACGAACUGGUUCAAAUACAAAUUCUUCAACAUUAAUAACAAAAAAACAAAGAGUAGCACCUGGAGGAGGAGUAUCAAAUGAUGGUUAA